CCCCCUCAAGAGAGGAACUGGAGACUUUGAAGGCCACAAUGGAUGAGCAGGGUAGAGAGACAGAGACUAUGAGUAAGAGACAAGAGGAUAGUUAUAAAAACCUGCAGAAUGAACUGACAAAAAAGGAAAAACAGAUUAAAGCUCUUGAAGUUAAGCUGAAUACCUUGAAAACAAAAAUGGAAUCUAAAACUAAAGGACAUGAAGAAUAUGUGAAAGAGAAUAAGAAUUUGAAGAGACAGGUUGCAACAGGGAAUGACAAGUGCAGUCAGCUGGAAAGUGAGGUGAUUGAGCUGAGGCAGGAGCUGAAAGCUGCAGAUGCACACCAUGCCGAGGAGCUCCAGACGCUGCGCGAGGCUGUACACACCCAGCGCGGCACAGAGACCGAGCUCCAGGAGAAGGUUACUCUCCCCAGAGCCGGGCUUUUUCAUACAGGAGGCAGGCGGCCCUGCUCACAGCCUCUCAAUAACCUUUGCUGCGCUUCCGCAGGUUCACAAGUUACAGCUCUCUGCAGCCGAGGCUGUCAAGAGCAAGGAGGACACGGAAACGAAAUGUCAGCACAAAAUCUCCGACAUGGUCGCUUUGAUGGACAAGCACAAGGCGAGAGUCGCAGCUCAGCAAAAAAACGCUGCAACAUCAAGAGUCACACGUCAGUGCAUCUGCUGCAGAGAGCGUGGCCGGGGUUUCAUAACUGUUCUGCCCGUUUUUCUCAUCUUUAUCUCAGAAUCAGUACGACAAGAUGGUGGAGGAGAAAGAUGCAGAACUAGAGGAGAAGAGGAAGAGAGAAGCGGAGAUUAAAGCUGAUAAACUCUCCCUGGAGCUGGAGAUGUCGGAGCUGAAGAUACAUCAUUCAGACCUGAAGAAACAGCUUGACAGUGAAAUAAAAGAGAAGGAGAAGGUGAAACAGGAAGUUACAUCAUUGAGUAAGAAGAUUAAGGCUCUGAAAGAAGACAGUAAGCACAAGGCCCAGCAUCCGCCGACACCUGUGGUGAAACCCAACGGGGUGAAGAUUACUCCCAGCCCAAAAACUUCUUCUGUCAAGUCCAGGCGGACCAUUUAUGACUUCACAAAUGAACAGGAAAAUGAAUGUUGUGAGGCUCAGAGUAACGUUGCAGACAAAAAGGUUAUGGUGACACCGCAGCAGAAGGUCUCAGAAAGUGGAACCUUAAAAACAUCUAGGGCUUCAGGCAACAAGGCCAUCGUGACCCCACGCAUGAAGUCCUACAGGAUACGCACCCCCCCAUCGCCCGGGAAAUGUCUGCUCCUGGGGAGAAGUACCCUGGAGCUCGACCCCAAGUCUGACAGCUCUGAGCUGAACGACUCUCUGAGCUUUUCAGCCCAGUCUGGGCGCUUCAAAAGAAGCCUGCGUCUGGGUGAGUCUGGUCCUCUUCAGCAGCAGCAUGGGAGCCUACACAAGAAGCCGGACGGUCCCGCCGAGUUCAGGUCCCCCGGCGCGGCUCUGAAACUCGCCGCGGUCAAACGCAUGCGCGACGCCGGCUGGACCGCCGUCACCAACUCCGACAAGAGGAAGAAGAACGGGUCAGAGAAGAUCUUUGCGUAG